AUGGCAACCAAGAGAGGUGUAAAUAAUGCCAAGCGCUCGAAAAAGGUCAAUGACCGGUCCAAAACGGCCAAGAAUCAAUUUCAAGGCAAAAGUUUGUUGGAACGUAUGGGUAUUUCGCAGAAACCGAUGAAGUCCAAUAAGGAUAGUGUUAAUAGCAAGAAUAUGGGGCUCCGUGUGGUUGAUGGGCGUUUAGUCGAUGCCAAUGAUGUCGGCGCUCUGUUACGGGAUGCCGCUGCCCGUACGGAAUCCCGAAAUGGGUCUACCAAACAAUCACACAAGAGAGGAAACAACGGGCAGAUGGUCAGAGCGCAAUCCACGAAGGGGCGUCUGACAACGACCAAAAAUGGUAGACGUGUCGAGAAGACAGUGCAAAGACGGGAAGUGGCUCGCAGCCGCGACCAAGCGGCGGUCAAGCCUUACGGCAAGGAUUUGUAUCUUUCGCUGAGCACGAGUCCGGAGACGCGUUUCCUAAGGCUUCGAAACUUGCCACUGGGGUCUGAUUCUAAUUCUCUAGCUAGGACCGUGGAGCAAAUUGCAGGCGUCGCAGUACAGAAAACCUCUAUCAUUGAUUUGCCCUCAGGCUCCGUGACGGCGGAGAUUUGGUUACAGAGCAGCGAUUCAAGCAUUCUCGCGAAGACCCAAAAACGCCUUCACCAUGCCAAUGUCGAUAACAGGGUGAUAUCCGCGGAAAUAGCGUCUUAA